AUGUUCUCCUUCCGCAACGAACACUUGGCAGUACUGCUGUGUGCUUUUACCCAAAGUCUGGUUUUCGCAUCUUUGAAAGAUGAUGCAAAGAAAACGGGGGCAUCGUCAACAAAUAUUGACCGGUAUUCACCAGCGGGAUGGAAGAGAGUGAUCGAAUCUUUUGUACAAUCAUCCAAAUCUACCUGCGUGGCUGAAGUUCUUGCGGUAACAGAAGCCACUGAAUCCGGCCAGGAAUGGACCACGCAAAAUAUUUACACGAAAUUCAGCGGAGUAAAUGAUACAAUUUUCUCAUCAGUUGGCUGCCAACUUUACUGUAACGAGACGCAAGCUGAGCGGAUCAUGAAUGUCAGCCUCAGGAGCACACCGAUAGUAAGCGACCUUGGAUCCAGAGCUUCCGGAGCACCGUGCGCACAAGUGGAAGCCGGAGAUUUCACUGUGGGAGAAAUCGUGACGAUAAUCGUCAUGCUGGCACUUAUCGUAUUUUCGAUAUUCUGCACUGUCUGCGAUUUUGUGACAAGGCGCAGACCUGCAGAAGCGUCUACUGCAAUGGAAUUUUUUUCGAAAUUUUCCUUGUAUGAGCAUACACUUGAAAUGCUCCAAACAAAAGGGCUGCCUUCAAUCCAAGGCAUAAAAGUUUUAAGCAUGGGCUGGGUUAUGAUUUUUCAUCAGUUCUACAUCUUACUUCUGGUACCAACGGUCAAUCGGGCGCACUUCGAAAGAUGGCACAAUUCAUGGGCGUCUGUUCACGUUGGUGCGGCUGUGUUUGCUGUCGACACCUUUUUUGUAGUGAGCGGAUUUUUAUUGGCACGCUCAUUUUUCAUAGCAAGAAAAGCAGGAAAGCGUAUUAAUUGGAGGAGAUUUUACCUUCAUCGUUAUUUUAGAAUGACCCCAUGUUUAGCAGUCGCCAUCUUGUUUUUUUCGUUUCUUGGACAUCGCUUCGUGGACAGUCCCCUCUGGGGUCCUUAUGUCACUGCAAACGCAGAGCAAUGCCGUGACAAUUGGUGGAUCAAUUUGUUGUACAUUCAGAAUUUUGUUAAGAAAGAGGAAAUAUGUCUUUUACAUACCUGGUACUUGGCUGCAGAAAUGCAACUCUUUUGGAUUUCAUCGAUUAUUAUGUAUUCGCUCCAUCGCUGGCCUAAACAUGCUUUCCGAUUAUUUGGCUGCCUAAUGCUCAUCUCUGUUGUCAUACCACCUCUUGUCGUAGCUACUGAAGGCUACUCCACUACAUUUGUGAAUUUUCGCGUCGAACAAGGGAAAAUGAUAUCGAAAGACUGGUUCAACUUCCACACACCUACUUAUAAUCGAGGUUUUCCUUACUUCGUGGGAAUCCUUUUGGGGUACGACGUGGUGAAUAGAAAGCGGCACCUGACAAAAGUGAACGCAGGGAUCAGCUGGGCCGUAGCUUGUGUUCUUAUGCUACUUUGUGUUGGGUCUACUCACUACGUUCACAACACUAAAUACAACCUGGCAUUGGAAACUGCAUUUGCUCUGGCGUCGCGGCCGUUCUGGUCGAUCGCCGUUGCUUGGAUCAUUUAUGCGUCUACCGAGGGUUACGGAGGGUCCGUAACCAGUUUCUUAUCCUCGCCAUUUUUUCAACCACUGGGUCGGAUCUCGUAUCAAGUUUUUCUGGUACACCCUUUGGUUCAAAUGAUGAGGCCGGUGGAUGCGAGAACCCUCGCCUUUGUUACAAACUCAACAAUCAUCAGAGACUAUUUGACGAAUCUGGUACUAUCAAUAGGGCUGGGGUUCAUUCUAUUCCUAUUCGUCGAAACCCUAUUCGUUGUGCUGGAAAAUAUUCUCACCGAUCGCGUAUCAGAAUCGAACCGAGCCUUACCGACAGAAGGGUUUGACAAGAAGACAAGGAUUCCAAACAAAGCUGCGAAAGAUAACUGA